CACCUCAUUCCUCAGUCGCGUCCGCUCAAGCUGACAAGAACAUCCGCUUCGCUUCAGGUGCCGGCCAACAGCGCGAAAAGAUGAUCAAGCCCCCGCGCUACAGCCGGCUGCAGGCGGCCAUGCUUCUGCUCCUUGUGCUAGUCGCGUCCGCUUCGUGGCUCCAGGCCUGCGAUGCCGCUUCAGGGUUCUGCGCGGGCAAGUGCAGCGUGCGGUGCGGGGGGGCGCGGGGCGCGUGCAUGAGGUCCUGCGGGCUCUGCUGCGAGGAGUGCAACUGCGUGCCAACGGGGGCGCAUGGCGGCAACGAGUGCCCCUGCUACCGCGAUAUGCUCACCGCCGGCCCCAGGAAGAGGCCCAAGUGCCCCUGAAAUGUUGACGAAGACGCGACGAUUGAUCCAUCGGAAAAUGAUGAGACGAGCGUACCUACGUGUAUGUGCGUACGUAUUUAUGUUCCGUGUGAUAAUUUCCUACCUAUGUUUGUGAUGUUCUAUUAAGAACCUAUUAUUAGUA